AUGUGUGGUAUUUUAUUUUCAUUAACAACUCCAGAUCGUCCUGUUGAUCAGAAUGAAUGGGACAUUUUGAAAGAACUGAAUACGAGAAGAGGACCCGAUUCACAAAACCUUUACCAAGCACAAGUUUGCGACUGCAGCAAUGGUGGCAACUUGGAUCUUCAAUUCUAUUCCACUGUGCUUCAUUUGAGAGGAGCAGACGUUGUGCCUCAGCCUCGCUGUGACCAAACUACUGGCAAUACCUUAUGCUGGAAUGGUGAAAUAUUUGGUGGAGUUGACGUAGCAUGUGGCGAGAACGAUACGCAAGUUUUGAUGAAUACGCUGGAAAAAGCGUCCACCGAAACCGAGAUACUAUCAGUACUGCAAUCCAUUGAAGGACCAUUUGCAUUUGUGUACUACAGAGCAUCCACAAGGAAAGUUUAUUUUGGCCGUGAUUGCCUUGGACGCAGAUCGCUGUUGUGGUUGAGGUCAGAGACAGGUGCUUUCAUGUUGAGCUCAGUUGGAAAGGCAAAAACACAUCAGGAGGAUGCAGAUAGUUGGGAGGAAGUGCCUGCAAAUGGCUUUUACUGUAUUGAUCUCAAUGUCAAUAUCGCCAAUGCAGAUAAACAAGUGAACACUGAGCUGCCCAGAGCGUGCAGUAUUCCGCUGCAAUUGUUCCCUUGGAUAUAUAUGCAAAACAACAAUAAACCGGACCUGUUGAGAGAAGGAAAACUGAGCUUUCCCUUUCCAAGAUUGAAUGCAACGAUACCGGAUCUGGAGGUGAUUGAGGGAGCAGAUGCGGACACAGAACCUGUGAUAGAUCAAGAUAUGAAAAGAGCCAUUGCAGAAUUCAGAUCUGUGCUGGGUGAGUCUGUCAAAAAACGAGUUGCUGAUAUACCCUAUUUAGAUACAAAAGGGCAGGCUCGAGUUGCCAUCUUGUUUUCAGGAGGGCUGGACUGUAUAUGUUUGGCUGCCCUAGCAAACGAGUAUUUGCCAAUGUCAGAAUCCAUUGAUCUGCUGAACGUCGCGUUUGAGAAUCCUCGGGCAGAGAAGGCGAAAACACAGCCUCCUAAAAAGUCCAAGAACAGAAAGCCCAAGAAGAGUCAAUUGGAAGGAGAACCAGAAGAAAAGCAACUAGUCGAGCAAGAGAAGCGAUCCAUCUAUGAUACACCAGACCGCCUCACAGGCAAAGCGGGUGUGGAGGAAUUGAGACACAUUGCACCUGAGCGAACAUGGAAUUUUGUGGAAAUCAAUGUGCCGUAUCCAGAAGCCAUGGAGUACCGACAACGCAUCAUUGACAGAAUGUUUCCCUUGGAUACAGUGAUGGAUCUGAGUAUCGCCAUGGCAUUUUGGUUCGCAUCGCGAGGAAAAGGCAUUGUGCGUGUGGAUGGCCGCACAGUAGACUAUGAAAGCCAUGCUCGUGUGCUUAUUUCGGGAUUAGGUGCUGACGAACAACUGGGAGGAUACUCGAGACAUCGUGAAGCAUAUCGACAUGGUUGCUGGGAGAGGUUAAUACAGGAAACUCAAUUAGACGUAGACAGAAUCUCCACUCGCAAUCUUGGCCGUGAUGAUCGUAUCAUGUCAGACCAUGGAAAGGAAGUGCGAUUCCCAUUUCUAAGCACUUAUGUUGUCGACUGGUUAUGUCAGCAACCCAUUCAACUCAAAAUGGAUCUAAGAUACAAUAGAGGAACUGGAAGAGAGCUAUUCAAUUUGGUGCAAAAACAGCCAAGAUGA